CCUCUGUGUCCUUGUAUGACUGCAAGUGAAACUGUAUGAGGAAAAAUUUUGACAUGAAUAUGGAAGUGGACACCGAGCUUGCAGUUGGUCACAGGACACUGGAUUUGUCCAGAGGCCGUUUCACACAGCCAGAAACCGGGAUCACGGACACAGGCUUCGCCAUGUACACAGAAGGAGACGCUGACUCUCUAAUAAACCACUGUUACUCUGCUUUUAACGCCGGAUUCUACAGUGAGCACUUCAACACCUCUGGACUGACGGCAGAAGUUCCUCUUGAUGGGUCCUGUGCAGCAGCAGCAGCAGACACGAGCUGCAACAUCACAGACACCUGUCGUGGAGGCCGAGAUGCAGGAUACAGUUCAGAUGCUGCACUUGCAGCUCACUGCUCUCACAAUAACGCGCAGGACCAUAGCUCGUUUUACUCAACAAGAGAUCACAGCAGGUCACUGGGUGUCCGAGACAAUUUGGAACAUGUCUUAAGGGCUGCUUAUAGCACGACGACAUGCAGCAUUGACCGCAGAACAGAUUUACAUGAGGAUGAGGGGAGAGUGGAUUUGCCCUGGGAUGCCAAGAUGCAUGAAGUAGAUCAGGACCCCUUUGAUUUUGGGGAGCUACCCGAUGACCUAUCUGAAUUCAUGAAUGAUGAUUACCUAUUGGGCACAGACAUUUUCUUUGGUGAUUCGUGGUUGAAUAGUGAGGAAUCCAGCAACUUCAGUGACGUUGCUAUGCCAACAGAUCUGCCAUGCCCAGGUAACCACCAGCAGAGGCAGAGGCACGAACUAAGUGAACAAAAAAUCCACAGGAGAAAAAGACAGAGGGUUGCCCGGUCACAGCAGUGCACUGACACUAACACUCCGUCCAGACCGAAAAGACGCAGAGCAGCAGAUAAACCACAAACAAAGGUGGUGCAGGAUGAAGCAGUUUUCAACCAAAGACCAGAGCCAAGUCCUGCAGAGACCACAUGCCUUACAACCACUCCACCAAGAAUUGUUCACCUCCAUCCCUCCCUUCAGCUCAUCACCAUCCCAGAUGCUCCGGGAUGUCAGGUCAUUCAGACGCUGAGGUUCCCCCCUCCUGUUAUUAGUCUUCCACUCCCCAAUACAACUCCUCCACCUACAUACAUAUUAGUCCCUUCUGCCUCACCACUCUACAAACGCCAAUUGCAGCCACUCUCCCCAGUGGAUGAUGCGGUAGCACCAGUCCAAAUGAGUUCAUCACCACCAGGAUCUCUGUCAGACUCCACCAGUAGAUCAAUGUCUCCCCAUCGUAUUUUACCACCUGACCCCAAAAUUGAGACGUCCCCAUGUAAAGAAUCCCCGCUUCCUCAGUCUCCCAUUGUCCAUGAUAUUCCACAGGCUGUAAAAGACUACAUUCAAGAAGUCAAAGACCACAUGAGUCACUCCUGCCUGGAUAUAGAGGAUGACCUUAAUCUGACCUCUCAUUAUGUGGAUGUGCAAGUGAGCCAGAGAGAGUUUCUUCGCUCUGGGAAAAACACAAACAGAAACCUGGACAAAGAGCUAAUCAUCAUGGGAGAUGCAGAUCGGCAAAAAAGCUUGUUGGGACAUCGACAGAUCUUCAGAGACGUAAAUGGAGAUAACUCCAAGCGCUACAUACUGCUGCUUGGCAAUGCAGGCAUGGGAAAGACCACACUCAUCAAGAAACUGUGCCUUGACUGGUCCUCAGACUGCAUCCCACAGUUUGACUUUGUCUUCUUAUUAGAUGGCAAAGCUCUCUCUUUAACGAGGCCAAUCUAUAGUCUCCAGACCCUUCUUUUAAGUCUCUCCUCCUUUGUUCCUUCUUGCAUGGACCCAGACGCCGUCUAUGCUGAAAUCCUUGCAGCCUCUAAGCGUGUGCUCAUCAUUUUUGAUGGGUUUGAUGAGUUGCGGAACUAUGAAUCCCUGCUCCAGACUCAAGACAAAGAGUUGAUAGCAUCGAUGCAGAAAGACAGUAAAGUAGAAACCUAUACUGUAAGGCAGCUGUACUCUGCCAUCCUUCAAAGGCUCCUUCUUCCUGGAUGCACUCUUCUGCUUACAACGCGGCCAAGAGGAACGGCCAAUCAGCUCCUACGCCGUGUGGAUAGCUUUCUGGAGGUUUGUGGCUUCACUCCCGCAGAUGUCGAGACUUAUUUGUCCCAGUACUUUACAGAUCCUGCCCGCGCAGCAUCUGCUUUGGACUGCUUGAAGAACUCCAGCUAUCUACAUUUCCUCUGCUCCAACCCUGGACUAUGUCGGUUUGUUUGCUUGGUGUUGGAACAGUCCAAAACUAUGAACGACCUCUCAAAAACUUUGACAGGGCUCUGCCAUCAAGUGGUUCUCUCAAAAAUAAAAAGGGCCCAUGGGGAAAACUCAGAGGCGAAAACACCAACAUCCCUGCAAUCUGGAGAAGAAACACAGGUACAAAACUCAAGUAAUGGCCCAUUGAAAAAGAGCCACAAACAGACUCGUGGUCGCAAUGGUACUCACUCUCGCAGCCUAAGAUCAAGAGGGAAGAGAAAGCUGAAGCAAGAAGUGAAUAAAGUGGAUCAAGAAGAGUGUGUUGGAAGGGAGACCGGUGGAUCAGAGCAGACAGAGUUGCUCUUGCAGCUUAGCUCUUUGGCGUGGGAGGGGGUCAAAGCCAAUACGCCCAUCCUUCCCACAGGAAAGAUCUCGUCUGAAAAACUCCAGGCUUUCGGCCUCAAGUCAAGGCUUUUCCUCUCUUACCCUCUGAGGAGGAUGCCAGUUAUAUCUCAAGCUGCGAUUGAUGGGGGAGAAAGAGACGACAAGGGAAAGGACAGAGGAAGGACAGACAAUGAACAGACGACUGACCACAUCAUGUUGUGGGCCAACCCCUUUCUCCAGAGUUACCUGGCAGGUGUACAUCUAUCUCUGUCCAGGAAUGUGUCGGACCGUGCCUUCCUCCAGACCCUGCCCUUCCAGUCAGGCUCCAAGGGACGUCGGCGACCACAAAGGGAGGAACUAGAACUCACUCAGCGAUUUGCAGUUGGCCUCCUGUUUCACAACAGAACAGCGCUGCAGACACUUCACUCACACACAGAGACGUCCUUCAGGGACAUGUUGGUCAGCAAGCAGGCUGUCGUGGCAAAACACCUGCAAGGUCUUUCACUUGGUGACCUGAGUCCUUCCCAGGUCCUGGAGGCCUGUCACUAUGUGUAUGAAGCGAGUUUCACAUGCGGCGAUGGAUUCAGUGACACUUGCAACGCACAACUGGUUUCUCACCUAGCGGCAAAUCUUCCAGAGGUUUUGUCAUUUCGCGGGGUUCCGCUGAAACCGCCAGACGUGUUUGUUGUGCAGAACAUACUCGGGAAGGGUGAAACUGAAGGUCGAAGUUUCUGCUUGGAUCUGGAAGAUUCUGGGAUUCAGGUUUCUGGACUGAGGACUCUGGUGGGGCUCAACAACAUCAACACAUACAGGGCGUGUAUUUCCGAUGUAAUUACCCUGUGGGAGCAGCUUGUGCAGUGUGGUGAGGAGGGGCUCCUACGAGGGGCGGUGUCCAAGUUCAAGAUCCACCCUCUCAAAGUCACACAGGUGUGUCAGGUGCAGCACCUGGCAAAGCUGGUGGACAUUCAUAUGCACAAGAGGCUGCAGGGCAGUUGCACCCAAUCAGAUUCCAUCCUGGCAGAAGGGGUACCAGCCGUCAAGGAACUACACAAGCUGGAGUUUGAGCUUGGCCCAGAGAAAGGUCCACUGGGUCUUCCCAAGCUGUGGGAGCUCCUGCCAGGUCUCCAUAACCUGCGGCACCUCGAUCUUGAGAAUAGUAAGAUAGGGGACAAAGGAUCAGAGAAAUUGGCUGCUGCUUUAACGUCACUUUGUUCCUUGGAAAUACUGAAUCUAUCUCAGAAUUGUAUAGGAGACCAAGGGGUGACAAAACUGUCAAGCACAGUGAAGUGUCUGCCCAAACUGCACCGUUUAAGUCUUUACAGUAAUGUGAUUUCUGAUGAAGGGGCUGAAAGUUUGGCAGCUGUUCUCCCACACAUGUCUUCUCUCGCUGACCUGGACGUGAAGUACAACAAGCUGACAGAUGUUGGAGCACAGAGUCUCGGAGCCAGUCUGAGAAACUGUCAAAAGAUAAAAACUUUAAGAAUGUGGAACCAGUGUAUUCCAUAUGGAGUGUUUGAGCGUCUCCAGCAGCAAGACAGCCGCAUCCUCUGGCAUUAAAACAAUACGAAAGAAACAAUGCAUGGAGAAUUAGUUGCUGCUCUGUUCAUUCCACACAGUGGCUGACAGAUCAAUCGAUGAUCAGUCGGUCAGCGUUGAACAGUAAAGCGCGUACGAGUGUGUGGUAAUGCUAUAGCAGACAUUCAAGAAGCAUAUUUGCACAACGGUGUUGUUUUUAUAUGUGUGUUUUUGUUGAGAUAAUGACGAUAUUGUUGAUGAUGUGAACUUUUGAGUAACUCAACAGUUAUCUGACACUUUACCACUUUGUCCCUGGACACACGUCUUCUGUUUUUUAUUUGUUGUGGUUUUUUUUAAUUAUCAUUUCACUUGUUUACUAAAUGUAUCAGUUUAUGAACCUAUUUUCACUUCCUACCCAUCAGGUUUCUGUUCCCUUUAUAGAUGACUACUGACCUUUAAUAGUGUUACAUGUCUAUAACAGAAUAUUUGGCUGUAGAAGUUUUGCCUGAAUGCACUUUUAUUGAUUGUAUUCCAAAGAAUUGCUGAUUAUGUGAGUUUAUUUUGCGUUUUCUAUAUUGUACAUACAUUUUGAUGUAGAUGUUAUUAUUUUUACAUUGUGCUGAGUAUGCUGUAUGCUUGAAUAGUCGUAUCCUUGGCUUGAUGUGCAAGUACUGCUGCUUGUCUUGGCCAGGACACUCUUGCAAAAGAAAUUAAUUUUUGAGUAUAAGAUUUUUGAAUCUUAUUUUUCAAGGGUUUCCUGUUGACAAGCAUGAACUGUACUCUCCAACAAGCUGCUGCUGUUGCUCUGUGGCGCUCUCUUGUGGACUAAAACUAACACAACAUGGCUACAAGUUUUAAGUCUAGAGACGACCAUACCCGCAUCAAAUGAAUUUAAGCCAGGAUGAUCUACAAACAUUACUGAAAAAAAAAAUAAUAAUACAGGUAGCAUUCACUGGGAAAUCACACAAGCACUGGGUAAAAGUUGUGUUUUGAUGAUGACAUCCAGCAAACUCAGCAGAGGUUUGCUCCUUUUACGUUCACGCAGAGUGAAUUCAUGAAAUAAGACACUGUGAUUGAAGUGUUCACCAGAGCCUGACCCUUAAUCCUACCUGCCCUCUCACCACACUAGUAAUUCAUAAUCACUUUCCAACAAAAAACAAAAAUUCUCCCUGUCUGACUGCUUCCCUUGCUGCUGAUUCCUCAAUACAGGGAGUUCCUUUUAGAUGUAAAUCACCUAACUCUUCCAAUAACUUAAAGAAUUAGUUUACUUUCUCAAUUAUGUAUUAAUAUUCAUUUUUCAUCUACAGGAAGCCCUUACCUGAAUCUGUUGAUCGGAUUUCUUACAAAUGUAAAGGAUAUUCGUAUCCUGAGCUGCAGUGGGAUGUGGUUUAAACACUUUCAGAGAAAUUCAGGGACAUACUGAUUUACAUAAGCAUAUGCAAACAUUGUUUAUUUCAUCAUAUGUUAUAUGUUAUUUAAUGGCAGCCAUAAUCCAAAAAGAAAAAAUAAUUUGCCACCAGUGAUUCACACCGAUUGAUCCCCUCUUGAACUUUUGAUAUAGGGAGUCUUUUUGGAUUGAAUACAAGUCAAAAAUAUCUGUACCACCUGACUGCACUGUCAUCCACAUAUUAAAAAUAUUCAUUUUUAUUACA